AUGGAGCAGCAGGAGACAGUAGGGCAAGUGGAGCAGGAUGAUUUAGCGGCACGUGGAGAACCAGCCGGUGCUGCUGCUGCACAGGCAGCAGUGGCAGUGGUUGUUGAGGGGACAGGGGAGACAGGGGAGGGAGGUGGGACAGGGGAAGCUAGGGGCGCCCAGGGAGAUGCGCAGGGAGGGGGUCUGGGGGGCGGGCAGGGAGGCGGGCAGUGGGUGCUGGAGGCGGGAGGGCUGCAUGGCAGGAGAGUGAAACAGAUGCAGGAGAAGCAGCAGCAGCAGCAGCAGCAGCAGCAGCAGCAGCAGCAGCAGCAGCGGAUAAGGCAGCCGGGGCAGGGAAGCCAGCAACAGUCUCCACAGCAGAGUGUGCAGCAGCAGGAGCAGGCAGCACAGGAGCAACAGGUAGCACAGCAGCAGCAGCGAAUGCAGCUCGGAGCACAAGAGGCACAUUUAGGACAGCAAGCAGCUUCUGAAAGGUUGAGCGAACAUGGUAUAUCGGGCACACAUGCAGACAUCCCCACUUCAAGCCGCGUGCAGCCACUCAACGGCUUGUCCCUUCAAGGCAUGCAGCACAGGGGAGGGGGCCACCAGCAGCGUGACAGGGAAGGUGUUGCAGGCUGGCAGUGGAACUGUGUGGAGAUGGAAGGGGAGGGGCGGAUGGGGGGCGGGCAAGACGGGGCGGGUGCAUCCCCCCAGCCAUGCUCGCAGCCACCUGUGUUCACAUCUGGGCGGCGGAGACGGGCAGACGACCCGCUUCUGGGCAGCACAAGCAAGCGGGCCAUGUGUGCCUCUGCUCCGCUGCUGCCUGCUGCCACGCAUGUUACUGCUGCUAGCAGGCCUGCAGAUGCUGGUUUCAGGCAUAUCAACGUUGCUGCCAUGCCUGCUGCCACUGCUGCUCUGCAUCCUUUGGCUGCUGACACCAAUGAUAGCAGAGGGAUCGCAGGAGGUACGGCAGGAUGUGUGGCAGGAGGUACGGCAGGGGGUAUGGCAGCAGGUGUGGGUGCUUCUAAUGGAGCAGUGAACAGUGAUUCUGCUGCCGCUCGUCAAGCGGGAGUGGCUGCAGAGGAGAGGGACCAUUCAAGCAGUGCGGGAGACGGGGCAGAUGAGUCGAAUGUAGCCCCUACUGCCGAAGCUGCAAGUGAGGCUGAGACGCAGCCGGGGCUGUCGUCUACAAGCGUGGGUGCAUCGGCGCGUGACUAUAGCGAAGGGGUGCAUGAGGGUCCUGGGCUGGCAUCCCCCAAUCUAAGCCCCCCCAAUGUGAGCCCUCUCAACCUGAGCCACAACCACCACGUGAAUGGGACCGGAGGGAGACGUGGGCAAGAGGGGAGGAGAAGUGGAAACGGGAGUAUGCCGAACGGAGUGAGUGUUGCUGGCGACAGCUUAGGAGCAGGAGGAAGGGCGGGCAGGGUGGUGGGCGAGGGGAUGCCUAGGCAGCAGGGUGGAGGAGUGGGCAUUAGGGAGGAGGAGAGAGGAGAAGAGGCAGCAGGAGCAAGUGGGGUUGUGGCCAGAGUAUUGAACCCAGGGCCUGGGCGCACCACAGCAGCCAUGGGAUGGCGAGGAGGGGCGUCAGGCACACUUGCACAGGUGUGCUUCUUCUUCUUUGAAAUGGCGCUGUUCACUCGCUACCCCCCCUGCUGUGGUUCCACCCACGUGCACGUGCACGCUGCUGUGGGUCCGCCCACGUGCGCGUGCACGCUGUAUGAGGAUGCGUCAGCCUACCUGCUGCUGGUGUCGCUGCCCCACUGCGACCUCUCCCGCCUCCGAGUCACGUGGCGCAACGCCGGUGCUGCUGGGAUCGUCAAGAUCUCCUGUGCUGCCAUCUUCCCCCCGCCAUCCAUAUCUCGCUCCGGCCUCACAUUCCGCCAAGUGUCGCGCUCUCAGUGGCCGGGGGAGCACUGCCCUGCUGGCCCGUUCGAAAGGGAGGUGCAGCUGCCCCAGCGCAUACCAGAGAAUGCUGACGUGGCAGCCAGUGUGUCAGCAGACGGGUCCGGUAUCGAGCUGCUGGUGCCGAAGCUGAUGGCAGUCACGGAGGAGCGUGAGGUUCAGCUUCCACUGCUCCACUCCUCACCAGCUUCCACUGCUCCACUCCUCACCAGCUUCCACUGCUCCACUCCUCACCAGCUUCCACUGCUCCACUCCUCACCAGCUUCUUCUCCCUCACAUUCCGUUGCUCCCUCUCCUUCCCGUGUUCUCUCACCUUCCGUCCUCGCUCCUCCCCCAUAUCCCUCGCCACAAGCUGCUUUCGAGUGGUACCCAUUAGGCAGCUACCAUUGCAUGUGA